AGCAAAAUGUCGGAGCACCGAGAAGAGUUCCUUUUGGAAAUAGAGGCUAAACUGUUUGGACUGACUGUGAAAGAGCUGCACCGAGUGUGUGAGUACUGUAAAAUUGCGGGAAAAGACUCGGAGGACAUUAAGAAUAAAACUCGCCGCGCACUCGUUAAGCACACUGUAAAGUUUUGUGAACGUGAAGAGUUUCUGGAGAGGGAAGACGAAGGCAUGUCUGUGCUUUUGGAGCUAAACGACACACUCGAGGCCCUGCGGGAGCACCCAGCGGAGACCGACGACGCGGGAGCGGCGCCACUCUUCUCUUCACCUGCGGCCGAGGAGGCGGAGGAGGAGACGGUUCGUUCGGCUCAGCCUGUGUCGGGGCGACAACACGGAGACUGCACACGGGUUCUGCCACCACCAGAGACACCGGUGACCCACGAGGUGACGCAGGACGAGGGGGCUCAAAACAGAGGCAGAAACUCCAUCAGCAACAACUGCUGGCCUUCAAAUGGAUUUAGAAAAGACUUCAGGAUAAAUGGACAUGUUGCUAAACUGAAUGCGACCGGACAUCGCUGGGUGUCUGAGCUUGCCGACUUCAACAUCACACUGAAGUACCGUCCAGGAAAAAUAAAUACGGACGCAGAUUUCCUGUCCCGCACACCUGUAAGUAUGGACUCAUACAUGAGCCAGUGUACAGAGCAGUGCUCUCCUGAAGUGUUAAGUGCGAUAUUCAGCUCAGUCGAAACACAAAAACAACAUGAAAUGGACUGGAUUUCAGCCAUUACCUGCAGCCCACAUGUUCAGGACUUCGCUGCAGACAACCAGCCAGACAUAAAAGUAACACAGCAAGAGUUACUACAAGCACAGUCUCAAGAUCCUGCUAUAUCCCAUGUACUCCAACUGAAAGCAUCUGGAGUAAAGCCAGACAGAAGGAUCACGGUGACUGUGGUGUCGCCUGCUUACAGUCCUGAAGAGGACAGGCUGCAGGACCAGGCAGUCUCUGUUCUGUGUGCACGCUUAGAAAAUUCCAAAAUUCUGGAAAACCUGAGGGAACAUUUGUUGUAUUUGCCAGAGCCUGCCAAAAAUUAUAUUUGCCACCUCAUUAGCUGCCACACAGUGCUGUUUGGUGAUAAGCUCAGCCAAACUACUGUUCUGCAAUAUGACACUGAUGUUGGUGACCACAGGCUAAUUAAGCAUGCUUACCACAUCAACCCAGUGAAGCGAGCUAUAGUACAGAAGGAGUAUCUCCUGGAAAUUGGCUUUGCUGUGCCAGGCUCCAGUCCACGGAGCCCCCCUUUGCUCCUGGUUCCUAAAUCUGGCCAAACUCCUCGUUUCUGCAGUGAUUACCGCAAGGUGAACACCGGGACCAAACGUGGUUACUACCAUGGGUUCUGUAAAAACUUUGCCAGUGUAGUUGUGCCACUGAUGCCCUUCCAGUCCAUUUGUUUGGACAGGUAA